UUUGUUCUCUUCCAGGAACCAAGCAACAAGCGGGUUCGGCCCUUGUCACGUGUAUCAUCUCUGGCAAAUUUAAUAUCCCCAUCAAAAAAUGGUGCAGUCAGACGCUUUGGUCAAACAUUACAGAGAUCCAUCACAUUCCGCAGUGACAACAAGUCGCCAAGUUGCUCUCAAAAGCUAUGCAGCAAAACCUCAGCCCCAACUCCACCUAAAAGGCGCAAUAGCAAAUUGUGGUCCGAGACUCUAGAUAUGAGUACAAAGAAGAAUUUUUCUUCGAAGGAAAUUAAGCGGCAAGAGGCUAUAUUUGAACUGGUUCGAGGGGAACAGGAUUUAAUUGAAGACCUAAAAUUAGCAAGAAAGGCUUAUCAUGAUCCUAUGCUGAAGUUGUCAAUUAUGACCGAAGAAGAAUUGACACAGAUAUUUGGAGCUCUUGAUUCUUACAUCCCUUUGCAUGAAGAUCUGCUGACUGAACUUGCAAAAACUACAAAGCAAGAUGGAACAGUGGAACAAAUUGGUCAAAUUCUUGUUAGCUGGUUACCACGGCUUGAUGAAUACAAGGAAUACUGUAGUAAUCAACUGGCAGCAAAAGCACUCUUGGAUCAAAAGAAGCAGGACAAGAGAGUGCAGGAUUUCCUUCAGCGUUGUCUAGAGUCACCCUUCAGCAGGAAACUGGACCUUUGGAGUUUCCUGGAUAUUCCUCGCAGCCGGUUGGUGAAGUACCCCCUACUGUUAAAGGAGAUCUUGCGACAUACACCUACUGAUCACUUGGAUCAGAAAAGCCUGGAAGAUGCAAUUGCCAUUAUUCAAGGAGUCCUAUCAGACAUCAAUGUGAGGAAAGGAGAGUCUGACUGUCGGUACUACAUUGACAAACUGGACUAUCUGGAUGAUAGACAGAAAGACGCUCGAAUUGAAAGCAGCAAAGCACUGCUCUGCCACGGAGAGCUGCGAAACAAUAGAGGAACAAAACUGUAUGUCUUCCUGUUCCAAGAAAUCCUAGUCCUGACUCGCCCAGUGUCCCGUAAUGACCGCCAGUGUUACCAAGUAUACCGUCAGCCAAUUCCAGUUCAAGAUCUUCUACUAGAAGAUCUUCAAGAUGGAGAUACCAAAAUGGGAGGUUCUUUCAGAGGAGCCUUUGGCAAUUCUGACAAAGCUAAAAAUAUCUUCAAAGUUCGUUUUCAACAUUCAGUGCAAGGGCAGUCUUCGCAUACACUCCAGGCCAAUGACAUUUACAACAAACAACAGUGGAUGAAUUGCCUACGAAACGCGAUGUCUGUCUACCAGACAUCACCUUGUCCAGUAGACCACAAGGAGCUCUUUGAGUUAAAUGAAGAAUCUGAGCAAAGCUCACCCCAGCCAACUGACUUCAUACAAGAAGUGCAGUCACCCACCUUUUCCGAAGCUGCAGAAAUGGCAGAUAGUGGAUCAGAAACAGGCUCUAACAUGGACACGAGUGAUUCUGAACCAAACAGCCUAGAGAAGGAAGAAAUGGUAGAGCAUUGUGAUUCCUUACUGAAACAAAGCAUUGAAACAGUUGAGCAAAAAGAACAAAUGACAAAGAGAACAGAAACAUUAGUGUGAACGCAUGUUUCUGGUUCAGGAAAGGACUUUAUUUAUACUCCUGUACAGUGUUUGUACUGUGGUGUAGCAGCAGGAUUAAAUUGCUAAUCUUGUUUUUCUGUUUUAUGGCAGCUAUUAAAUGAAAUCAGCUUUGCUGAACUAUUCUGAUCUUUUUACAAAGUGACAAUAAAUCAAUAGUAAUUUUUAAAUUACUGGGUUAUUCACUGCAGCAUAAUUGAAUUAGAGCCUCGUUUGUUGCAGUUUUGUCAAUGGCAUAUACUGCCUUACCAAUUUUUAUUUUUGUAUAAUACAUUCCCUUCUGUUAUCCAUAUUCUUUGCAGGCAUUUAAGAUUAUUUCUGUGUAGUUUAAGGUUUUUGUUAUUUUGUAAUUAACCAGGGAAAUUUGAGAUCCAAUGUAAUACUUAAAGGAAAAAUUACUUAACAAUUCAGACAUAAAAUACUUAUAUUGUAUGCAACUUUUAAGAUCAGCAAAAAUUUUGUCAAGUCAAUUUCUAGGUGUUAUGCAAUUCAAUCUGAGCCAUUCCUGUGAUUGUGUUGACCAUUCACCUAUUGUAUGAUCUUGCACAAGAUCUUUGUUAAUGUAAGUGUGUAAAGUGUUUUGUGCUUCUGACUACUGAGAAUUACCAAAGAAACAGAUGUUGAUGGAUAAUAGUAAGUCGCAGGAAGGUAGAGAAGAAUGAGCAUUUAAUGAAAUUUCAGGAAAGGAAAGCUGAUUAGCUAGAGUUACAUGAUAUGAGAUGGUGCAUAAGUGACUAAGGCUUAAAUAGCCAUAGCAUUGUGUAUGGGAGAAAAAAUAUUGCAGCAUAACGUGGAACAAGUAUGUGUUGUGAAAGUGAGUGCUGAAGGAGUUGUCUGGUAUGUAGUUAUAAUUGUGUAUAAUACACAUGGAAAGGUGGUACAUGUGAAAAGUAUUAAAGAUGGGCAUUUCUCUGUACAAAUUUAGCCUCAAAUGUACAAUAAAAACUGGAAAAUUCUAACCUG